UUUCUUAUUGGAUUAUUUUCUUAACGUUCAAGAUCGACCUGAUGGUAUACAGAAACGAGAUAACAAACGCGGCAGUUUUAAAAAAGCUACAAGAAAAAAUCCCACAAGCUCAAUUAAGUGAUGAUGUAAGAAAACAAAUUUGUGAAGAACUUCGAGCGCUUCCAUCAGUGUUUGCUUCGCUCGAUAAUUUAGACACCGCUAUAGGUUUCUUGAAGACGGCUGGUGGCGAACCAAUUGCCAAGCUUGGUGCAUUCAUGGUUGAAGUGCUUGGAAUCGAAAACCCAAUUUUAAGUCAAAAGGCUCGCCAAACCUGCGAGUUGCAACAUGCCAGAUCACUUUGGUUACUGUUGUCUUUCCACAAAUCAAAAUUGCUUGUUGAUCUUCGCCAACCUACGGAGGAGGUUUUCGAGACAUUUCCCGACAAUCUUUGUCAGGACAUACCAGACAAUGCCAAACCAACAUUUGAGGAGUAUAUGAAACAUCUCAGCAUCGACAAAUUACAUACCAUGCUGGAAAUACUGCACGAGUUAUUGAUACUCGUAAUUGCAGUGCGCCAAAAUUCUGAUGACAAGGACUAUGUGGAUACGGAAAAUUACUGUUUGUUUGAAUCCCUGAAACAGUAUAUUGACCUUGAUGACACACAAUGGCUGGACGGCCCUUCGAAUAUAUUAUACAAACAUGGUGCAUAUGCCUGGGUUAUGGCUUAUGAGGCGCUUUGUAGAAAAAUAGGAACUAGACGUCGCAAUUGACGUGCGCGUGUCGCAGGCGUAAACAAUCAACAGUCGAGUGAUGUGUUUGUGUAAUUAUGCUAAACAAUCAUCAAAAGAGAGUAGACUUUCUACAUUUAUAAUACAAUGUAUGCGUUUGAUAUGUCCGAAACUGUUUAAUAUAAAUGUUAUAUUGACGUUUAAACCAUAAUUAGAUUUUGUAUCUGUAUAUCGCUGUGAAUGUGAUUCUUUUGCAAAGAAUGAGUGUUAUGGUGUUUCGUCUUUAACAAGUGUUGUAUAUACACGUUUUAUUGCGUAAAUAUUUUAUUUUAAAAUAUUGUAUAGCUACUGUAACAUAGCUUGUUUAAUCAAUACUUUACAUGGUUGUGUGUACAGUGUAUAAAUAAUUAUUUUGACCGAAUAAUGUUCCUGUCAACAUUCACCAUGCAUUAAGCUGACACUAAACUUUAUUAAUUAUUGAAAAAGUCCUGUUAUAUGUAAGUUUCAAGAAUUGUUGUAAGAUAAAGUGUGUAUUAUGUGCACGUGCAAAACUUAAUAUGAAAAGGACGUUUUUCAAAUGUUUACUUGAGGAGUUAACAAGUACCAUGUUGAAUUAUAUUUACUUGUGACCGUGUAUAUUGCCUUAUCUACAAUAAUGAUUUAUUAUAUAAUAUCAUUAUUAUCACAAUUGUUUAAAACUAUUUCAUGCUGUCAUAGUUUAUGGAACAUGUCUAUAUCACAAAUAACGAAGGCAUGUGUACACGCGCUCAAAUGUGAUGUCAUGUUCUGAUGUCACAACUAAAUUGUAUAGUUAUUU